UGAAGUUAGUCGGCCACAAUUGACGACUAUGAUGUGAGAAAUAGAGGCGAAAAUAAAGGUUUUAUUUAGAAUAAACUAAACCAUAUGGAAUCUUUGCAAAGCAUUGUUGUGUGCGUAUUAUUGAUCGGAAUUCUAUGCAAUUUAUCGAUUAAGGGAAGAAAAUGCUCCAUUACUGACCAAUCCGAAAAUGAACCUAUUUUAGUAAACAAUAAAUACGAGGAUGCAAUAACAAUUUCAAGACAUGAAGGUUUUGACGGAAAGUGCCGAUGGAAUUUUAGCCCUCCGGAUGAACGAACAGAUUUAUUUCUGACUAUAAAUGUUACUCAAACUGAUUGUGAAGAUAAAUUCAUAAUUAAAGAUGUUGAUAAGUGCAAUGAAACUUUUCCAUUCAAAUACACUUUUUAUCCAACGUCAUGUGGUCUAUCUUGUGACGACUCUAAAAACUGCGUGAAAGCCGACUACCCACUCCAAAUAACUUUUGAUGAAAACAAGGAUAACACAGCAUUUGCAUUGAACUACACGUUCAAGCAUUGUUUCACAAAAACUGAGCAAACCACUGAACCUGCAGAAAUAACUGACUCACGUACUACAAAGGAAAAUGAGAUUGAGAGUUCUCCGACUGUGAAUGCUGUCCCAGAAAGCCAGAAUAGCAACUACACUUCUGGCACGGGAUCGCCGCCAUCACAUACAACAAUGGGAAACAGCCUGGAUACAACCAUUUCACCUGCUAUGCAACUGCUUUCAAUAUUCAUUCCAAUUGUUGUGAUUUUACUCAUUGGAAUUAUAUUCCUAUUGGUCGUUUUAAAAAUCAGGCACAAGAAAAUUGCAGUUGAAAAUAGACGCAGACAAGGCGGAACUGAUGUCGAAAAUACUCCCAAGCCGAACAAUGUUGUAGGCUCAUCAGGAUAUGAACAAAUCGAUAUUGAUACAAAUAAGCAAACUGGUUCAUCGUUUGGAAAUCAGGCAUACCAAACAGUUAUCGGGGAAAGCAACCAAGCGGGAGCAUACGCGUCAAUAGAUGAUGGUGCUGUGUUUUAUUCUUCUGUAAACGAAGAUAGUGCAAAAGCAACAGGCAAACGCGAAAAUCGUGGGCCAGCAUACGACCAAGUCGCAGAGGACCCAAAUUGGACAAAAGACGGGGACGAAGUGCGCCACAACUAUGACGAUGUUGCGCUAGAACCGACAAACAAUGGCGACAAUCACGACGCCAAACAACCAAAUGAAAAGCAGGAGGUCUACAAUGUAAUAUAUAGUGGGUGAUUAAUUAAUAGACUCGUGGAACAUGAUUUUAAAAAGAAAAGUUGCUGUUUCAGCAUUAGUUAGACUGUCAUGUGUUUUUUUCAUACAUUUUGCAAAGACAGAUAUCCCAAAACAUGUUCUUUGUAUCUAUAUGCUACAACUCUCUGUAUUAAUUACUAAUAAUUUAAUUUAGUAGAAGAAUAAGUUACAUAUAUAAUAUUUCGCUGUCUAAACAAAGUCAACAUGGGUACUCCAUAAGUAUAUGCAAUAUAUAAUAUUUCGCUGUCGUCGGACGCUGAAGUAUAGCGUUACAUUAUAAAACUGCCCCUAUGGCAUCUAUCCAGUUGUUGAAAAUUCGUUUAGAUUCGAUGAAAAACAACCUAUGUCUGAACUCAUAUCCCAAGUACAUUUCUCAGUCAUGCGUCAAAUUUGUAAUUCAUGUUCGCUUCAGCACAUUUGGACCGCACUAUUGAGUCCUGAUACAAAAAGUGUGAAACCCAAUGCCUGACAUUAGUUUUUGAUAUUAAUUGAGAGUUAUUUUUAAUCUCGUUAAUAACAGGUGAAAUGUUUUAAUUUAAUUUCACCCGCUUUAAAUAUCGCAAAAAAAAAUUUCUUCUACGACGAGAACAGUUUUUUUGAACUUUUAACAAUCUCAUAUUCCGAUAAAAGUCACAGAAAAAAAUACCGCGUGAUAUUAUUAAUAUAUACUUGACAGUUGUUUCGUGCGAAAUAAAUUACUAAUUCACGUGUAAUAAGUGAAUGCAUAUAAAAAAAAUAUUCUUGCGCUUUCUAAUGCAGCAUUUUAAUACACAAUCUAGGCUUUAUAUUAUCCUGUAGGACCUAACCUGCUAUGCUUUUAUAUUGUUAUUUUUCUAUGCAUACUCGAUAUUUUCUCCGUUGUCUGUGUAAUAAUUGUGAACAACGAAACUUGUUUUUCAUUGUUUUAUUAUUUAUCCCAUAUAUGUAUUUAUGUAUAUAUAUGUAGAAACGUUACUUUGAAAAUGCUGAAAACUUACAGAAAUGUUCUAAACUUGAUUAUUGUUAAAACAAUUCUGUAAAGUUCAUGACGCAUUUUACACAAAACCUAUAAUAUUAUGAAGAAUAAUUUUAGAAUAAAUAUUCAUCGUAAAAUAUUUAACUAGCUUUGGUUCGCAAUGCCCAACCGAACAACAUAUAAGCCCUUGAGAGAUAUAAUUUGGUAUUUGAUAUGAUCAAUUAAUUUUGAAUUAUUUCUGUCCAAUCAAUGCCCAGAGUUUUUUUUAUAUGAAUCAGUGGCAUAUUUCACUCUUGAUGUGUCGUUUGAUUGGCGAAAACAUGCCAUAUUGUUUUACCGUAAUUUUUUUCAUCUUGCGCAGAUAAUAUUUUUAAACUGAUUUUAAAACACAUAAAGUUACUUUUGCGCCAAUCAAGACUGUUUCUUCGUCUUCAACUAUUAUUAUGAAAGGGAUCUUGACACUGCUAAUUUUUAUCUAUUUUCAUCAGCUGUUUCUAGGUGUCGCUACUCAACAACCAUCUUUGGUUUUCUGAGAAUUCCCCUACGCGGUAAAACUGUGUGUUUCUCCUUUCUCGUAACACAUGCAGGAUUGAUUUUUAAAGCUUGAAAAAAUGAACUUGUCUUUAUUUCUAAAUAGCAAAAAUUUUGCAGUUUUCUGUAGUCUUGUAAAUAUAAUUUAUAAAGAAUAAAUCUAAUAUGAGUUCAUUUCAUUAAUGUCAUUUCUAUGAUCAGUACAUCAUAACGCCAUUAAUAUAGAAAGUUUCUUAAUUGCAAAUUAAUAUUUGUGCACUAAACACUAGAAGGUAUGAAGUUUAAUAUAAAAUAUAAAACCCCAAAACGGCCUAAACACUUAUAUAUUUCACAAGGAAAAAAACGAGCAAACUUGGAAAUCGCUGAUCCAUUUUUUCCAUUUCAGUAUAAUUUUCAUCUUAUAGAUUGACAAAUUUAUCUUUUUACUAUCUAUAUAUGCAAGUUAAAAUUAAUUUUGAACGACAUUUUAAUUUUUCUGCAAUAAGUUUUGAUGAUUUAUCCACUGUUUUACUACAUUGUUAUGAGCUUUACCCCAAUAUUUUUGAAUGAGCAACUGCUCAAUUGAAUGAAGUAUUGAUUGCUUUAUAACUAGAUUUUUGUCUCCAAAACGAGUUCAAUUCCCAAUCAAAAGUCAUUCAGUCAUCAAGUGCAUUGUGAACUCUCAAAUUUAUUUACGCCCAAAGUUGUUUCAUUCAAAAACUCUAGUCAUAUGGAAUUCCCUGGUUAAUAUGUGUUUUCCUGACCGUUUUGAACUGAACUGCUUUGGUGUCAAUCAUUAUUUACUAAAGCCUAAAUCUUCACUGUAUUUCUGUAUUGUCUCGGUAUCUCUUGGCACGGUAAAUGUGGCCUCACUCACAGAAAUCAAUCUUCUUCACUUUUUAGUGAAUGCCUGUGGCCUUGCUUUAGAGUUACCUUAAAAAUGUGUUUACUCGAUUCGAAAAACCUUGCGGACAAAACACAAUGGUAGAGCUUGAAACUACUUGCUUGCUCGAUGAUGUUCAAUAUGAUCUAAAACUGUAAAACGUCUAGAACUGUAAAAUGUACGUACUCGACAAUGUUCUUUCUUCCAAUAUUACAAUGUAUAUAUUUUUUUCAUCCGCUGUCAGAAUUUUUUGACAUAUAGUUUAAGAUAUAUUGGAUGAGAUUGGUUUAUUUUUCAUUUGCCUUUGAAAAAUAAUAGAGCAAGAAAAGGAG